UCAAGGGGUUUAACAAAAAUAUUGCAUUAACUAUUUAGGAAUUACAGACAUUUUUUUACAUAGUGCUUCCAUUUUCACAGGCUCAAAAAUAAUUGGAUAAUUAACUGAUGAGCAGUUUCAUGGCCAGGUGUGGCCUGUUUCCUCAUUAUUUCAUGACAGGUUAAGGAGAUAAAAGGUCUAGAGUUGACUCCAAGUAUUGAAUUUGCAUUUGGUAGCUGUUCAUGGGAACUCUCAAUAUGCAGUCCAGAGAGGUAUCGAUGCAAGUGAAGGAGGUUAUCAUUAGACUGGAAAAAAAACCUUCACAACAUCUUGCCAAGUCAAGAAUACUCUGGAGGAGGUAGGUGUCUCAUUGUCAAAGUCUACAAUCAAGAGAUGCCUUCAUGAAUGUAAAUUUACCUCAAGAUGUAAACCACUGGUAACACUAAAGAACAGAAAGGCCAGAUUAGGCUAAAAUAUUUUUUAAAAACCUCUUAAAAAAAAAACACUGAUCAGUUUUGAUGCAAGAUUAACUUGUACCAGAAUGAUGGGAAGAGAAGAGUAUGGAGAAGGAAAGGAAAGGCUCAUGAUCCAAAGCAUACCACAUCAUCUGUCAAACUUGUGGAGGAGGUGUUAUGGCAUGGGCGUGUAUGGCUGCCAAUGGAACUGGGCCACUGGUGUUUAUUGAUGAUGUGACUGCUAUUAGAAGUAGAAGGAUGAAUUCUGAAGUGUAUAGUGCUAUACUUUCUGCUCAGAUUCAGUCAAAUGCUGCAUAACUGAUAGGACAAGGCUUCAUAGUAAAGAUGUAUAAUGAUCCAAAACGUACCGCGAAAGCAACCCAAGAGCUUCUUAAGUCAACGAAAUGAAAUGUUCUUAAAUGCCAGAUGAACUUAACCCAUUUGAUCAUGCUUUCAUUUACUAAGACAAAACUGAAGGUAGAAAGAUCCACAAACAAGUAGCAACUGAAGGCGGUUGCAGUAAAAGCCUGGCAAAGAAUCUCAAGGGAAGAAACUCAGCAUUUGAUUAUGUCCAUGGGUUCCAGACUUCAGGCAGUCAUUGAAUGCAAAAGACAUGCAUCCAAGUAUUAAAGAUAAUCCUAAUAUUUAUGAUUGUUAGUUUGUCCGAUUACUUUUGAGCCUGUGAAAAUGAAGGGACUAAAAAAAUGGCUGUAAUUCCUAAACUGUUAAUGCAAUAUUAUUGUUCAAACCCUUGAAUUAAAGCUGAAAGUCUAUAUUUUAAUCACAUCUUGAUUGCUUCAUUUCAAAUACAUUGUGGUGGUGUACAGAGGCAAAAUUACAUAAAUUGUGACACUGUCCAAAUACUUAUGGACCUGACUGUUUAUAUACAUACACACACGCACACACACACACACACACACACACACAAGUCAGGUCCCUUGGUCUCUUGUUGCUGUUUGUCGCUUGGCAGUCUCCCUGGUAAGUUUUUGUCUUGUCCUUUUGUAAAUUUUGGAGGGACAUUCUGUUCUUGGUAAUGUCACUGUGGUGCUCCAUUUUCUUCGCUUGAUGAUGGCCUUCACUGUGUUUCAUUCUACUUCUAAUGUUUUGGAAAUUCUUUUUGUAAAAGAAAAUAAAAGAACAGUAGCUCUUCUGUGGGAUCGGACCAGAUGGGCUAGCCUUUGGUGCUCUUCUGCAUCAGUGAGCCAUGAUACCAGGAACACCCCACAAGACCUGCCGUUUUGGAGAUGCCCUGAGAUGCCGUUUUGGAGAUCCCCCCCCAAGGACAUGAUUCAGAACUUGCAAAUGCCUUGGUGGAAGAGUGGAGUAACAUCUCACAGCAAGAAGUGACAAAUCUGGUGCAGUCCAUGAGGAUGAGAUGCGCUGUAGUACUUAAAGCAGCUGAUGGCCACACCAGACUGUUACUUUUGAUAUUGACCUCCCUUUGUUCAGGGACUCCUUUUCUGUUCCUCAAAUGUCUGUGAAACUUGUUCAGUUUAUGUCUCAGUUGUUGAAGAUUUUUAUGUAUAUUUUUACACACACAAUUGGGUCCAUAACUAUUUGGACAGUGACACAAUUUUGACUCUGUACACCACCACAAUAGAUAUAUAGAACUCAUCACCAUUAUGUCUCUACCUUAAAGCGUUCCUGCCUGAACGUGAUCCAGCAAGACUGGUUCUGUGUGUCCAGUCAAAAGAAAGCAUAUCCAGAGACAGUUGAGAGGUUUCUGAGCAUGUGUCAUCAUGUCUCUCCUGCUGUUUUGACUCAUGUGGCUAACAUGGCUGACCAGAAUGGCAACACAGCACUGCACUACAGCGUAUCCCAUUCUAACUUCAGGGUGGUGCAGAAACUGCUGGAUGCAGGUGUAUGUAAUACCAAUCAGCAGAAUAAGGCUGGAUACACUCCCAUCAUGUUGGCUGCUUUGGCUGCUGUGGAAACCAAGGAGGACAUGGGCGUGGUGGAGGAGCUCUUCAGGAAUGGAGACGUCAAUGCCAAGGCCAUUCAGGCUGGUCAGACUGCUCUCAUGCUGGCAGUCAGUCAUGGACGUAUGGAUAUGGUGAAAGUUCUCUUAACUUCGGGGUCAAAGGUCAAUAUUCAGGAUGAUGAGGGCUCUACCGCGCUUAUGUGUGCCAGUGAGCAUGGCCAUGUUGAUAUUGUCCGUCUCCUACUGGCUCAGCCAGGCUGUGAUGCCACUCUGAGUGACAAUGAUGACAGCACUGCAAUGUCCAUAGCCCUGAAUGCUGGCCACAAUGACAUUGCCAUGCUCUUGUAUUCUCACAUGAACUAUGGAAUGGGCCAGCCAUUGGCUAUUUCUUGAAGCUGGACACCAGCUGCUCCAACUCCAGGCCUUUUUGAUUGAUUUCUUUAACUUAUUUCCCAGUGCUGCAUGCCCGGUCCUUGUAAGUCUUCAUAGGAUAAUAAUCUGACUGUAUAUUCAGUUGAAAUAUUGCUGCAUUAUAAUGUAUUUGCAAAGCUGACAUUUCUGAGUCAUUAUGUGUUAUAUGAAACACAGCAGAGUCUAUUGCCUAAUCUGCAUGAAGGACAGAUAUGAGGAAGUCUCAAACCUACAGUGUAUCAUUUACUGAACAGCAUGUUUAUUAUUUUGCAUUUGAUUCAUCACAACAUGCUUGUAAACACAUUUACUUAAGAUUAUAAAUUUUAAGAUGCAGUAGGCUAAUGGAUUUAUAUUUGUAUUUUAUGUUAUAGCUUGCAUUGUGUGCAGUAUGGUACAUAUGGGUCUCAAAAUUUGUUCUUAUAGCAUGCUGUUAUUAAAGGUAAUUUAAAUUUGAAGCAUGAGUCAUGUAAUAUAUUAGUGGCCAGCAAAAAUGUUGGCAAAACUACACACUACCCUAAUAAAUAUUAUGGCAUAAUAGUGCACAAAUGUAUAUAUUGUAGUACUAUAUAACAAUGAGGAAAUUACUUUAAUUAUAUAUUUAUAUUUUAUUUAAUUUUAGGCCACCUAUCCUACAACAAAACUGACAAUAGGCAGGAAAUAGUAUUGCAUAUAAUGAAAUUUUACUGUCUGUUAAAGUAAUAUACAUACUAUAUACAGGGAGUGGACAAAAUAAUAGAAGCCCAUAACAAUUUAUUAAUGUAACGGACCUAAUAAGGAGUAGGAGCAUCCUUUUCCUUCUGAACAACUUUUCUUCUUCUUGGAAUGUUGUGAUGGGAUGUUGGACCAUUCUUUCAGUUCUUUGAGGAAGUGGAUAUCUACUGAUCUUCACACCAGAAUUUCUCAUAAGGGAUCAAUAUUGUUUAAAUGUGGUGCUUUGGGGAGGUGUAUGACUCAUCAAAUCACUUUUGAAUCAUUUUAGCAGUAUGUAUGGAGGCGUUAUCGGUCUGGAAUGUGGAAAUGUUAUCAGGAAAGAGUGUUUGUGCCAUAGAAUGCACAUGGUCCUAUAAAACUGAUUCAUAUUGUUGCCUGUUAUAAGACCAUACAAUGAAUUAGAAUGAUUGAAUUAUUGAUCCUAAUUAUUUCCACGAGAUGGCAGCUUAAACCAUUCCCCCAUUUUAGUUAACAGCCGACAGUGUGGGUUAAAAAUAUCUUUGCCUUACUUCAAAAAGGUUUUAUGGUAUUUACAGCAAAUUAUGCAUCUUUAUGCACUGGCUGUCAAUACAAAAGUUUUCUGAAUUGCAGCACUUCCAUGAAUAACACUGAAUUUUGCCAAUAGCAAUUUUUUUGUUUAUGUAAUGUACUAUAUGUAAUUUAAGAAAAAAAUGGUCAUUCUUUGUUGAAUAUCAACCAUUGAAUAUAUCAAAUUUACAUCAUAUUCUGAUACAGGUCUAUAUGCUAUUCUAAUCAUAGAUUUACAUU